ACAUACCUCCCGAUUCCACGCUUGCUCUCUUUGCGCUUCUUCCCCUGCUCGCUUCUUGCAGCCAGCUGACUGCAAACAUCGCCAGCCGGAGGAGGAGGAGGCGUGGCGAAGAUCUGGCCUGCCAGCCAAUCCGGGCCGCUCGUUUCCCCUCGACGUCACCAUCCCUCGAACCUGCAGCAGCAACAAUAACAAUAACAGACGGGAUCUCUCCCUCCCUGGGGUCGAUCAGCUGGGUGUGCGCGGCUGGCUCCCGAAACAGGCAGCAGCUGCUACUGUCAGCGGCGUCAGCGGGAAGAGAGCAGCCGAGAGAGAGAGACUCCAAAAUAGACGCGCUUCUUUCCUAGGAGCCAUGUCGUCGAGCGAGGGGCUGGGGGUGCAAGAAGAGAACUUGCAGGGUUCCUGGGUGGAGCUGCACUUUUCUAGCAACGGGAAUGGUAAUGGUGCCCAGCCAACAAGCCAGGAGCAAGGCCCAGCCUCAAUUUCUAUUCACAAUGGCGACAUGGAGAAAAUCCUUCUAGAUGCCCAGCAUGAGUCUGGAAGAAGCAGCUCACGAGAGAGCUCCCAUUGUGACAGUCCUCCUCGAUCCCAGACGCCUCAGGACAUUCACAGAGCUUCUGAAGUCGAGAGCCGUGGCAGCGGAGAAAAGAAUAGCUCUCAGUCUGAGGAAGAUUUUCAGGAAAGAAGGAAAGAAGUUGAACAGCUUUUGAAGAGAAAUUCUGACUGGAUGUGGGACUGGUCCAGCAGGCCUGAAAACAUUCCACCCAAGGAAUUUCUGUUUAAACACCCCAAGCGCACUGCUACCCUCAGCAUGAGAAACACAAGCGUGAUGAAGAAAGGAGGCAUCUUCUCUGCGGAAUUUUUGAAGGUUUUUCUGCCAUCUCUGUUGCUUUCUCAUCUGCUUGCCAUUGGAUUAGGGAUUUAUAUUGGAAGACGGUUGACAAGUACAGCUUACAGCAGCAGUUCGUUGUAAGAUGGGAACAAAUCUUCAUCUCCUACAAAAACCACGACUACAUUCAUCCUGACAUGCAAAAUGGUGAAAGAAAAGCAACUCCUGUGCGUGCAGAAGUGACACAGCUAUGUAUGUUUUGGUCCCUAAAUGUUGUGUGCUCUUGGGGCUUUUCUAAUUGUAGAGGGAAAGAUUGAAAACCAACACCCAACAACUCCUUUGUAAGCUAGCCUCUUGUUGCUCAAGUCAUCAAAGCAUAUUUUUGACAGAGGUCUUUAACUGAACUGUAUGUUUGUGAACAAAAUGUCUAUAUUGAACAUUAUGUAGCAAGGGAUUAAACGGUUUGUCUUGUUUCACUUUUGUAAAAAUGAAAUUGGUUUGGAUUGUUGUUGGUACGACUUGAUUGCAUAGCAGAGUAUUUGGUCAAGAGCAUUAUGGCCUUACAUUUCUAAAGGCUGGAGUAAACAAUGGUUUCAAAUACAAAACUCCAGUUGUUUGUGAUUUUACCAGUUAAAUAAGUUUUGAAUAUCAUUGCAGCCUUAUUGAAAACCAGCAAGGAAUGUUGUUUUUGCAGGAACUUCUUGUGAGUUAAAUAGAUGCUUGUGUAUGGUACUACAAUAUUUACAAUGAUCAACCAAUGCAUUUUGGUAGUCAAGCACUUCCAAAGAUGAGUAUAUUUUCCAAUACUCUGUUGAUACUGCCUAGAAUAGCAUUAGCCUAUUUUCUUGCUGCAUCACUGUUAAGCUUAGGGUUUACUAAUAUCCCUAGAUCCUUUUCACAUGCAAGCCAGAUGUUCCCCAUCUUAUAUUUGUGCAGCUGGCUAUUCUUACAUUUGUCCUUAUUGAAAUUAAUUUUGUUUGUUUGGGCCCAUUUCUCCGAUCUGUUAAGGUCAUCUUGAAUCCCAAUUCUGUUCUCUGCAGCAUUGACAACUCCCAGUUUGGUGUCAUUCUCUUGUGUAAGUAGUCUAAAAUACCUUGAUAAAAUGAAUGAGGUGAGCCAUUGGUGUGCCUUUGUUUCACCAGUCACCAAAUUGCUUCAUAUGGAAAGAUGACUCUAAGCCAUUUUACUAUUAAUAGCUGGGUAUUCUAACUGAUAUUUGCUUUAUUGCUUGCAAGGAAUGCGCCCAUCAGUGGAAAAAGCAGCCACACAAGUUCAAAAGCAUAUAGACGUGUGAAGCUCUCUCUUGCUAGAGUGAAUAUACAAAACUGCGUCCUUAGGAACGCCAUAAAUUUUCUUUCUGUGUCUGAACGCAUGGCUUAAAGUACAUCCAUCGAUUUUGUUCAGUUACCCAUUUGGACUUCUUAUAGUAAUUUAUACAUUUGAAUCGGGAUGAAUGGAAUAUUUGCAAAUAAAAAAUCAGGGGUGGAGUUAAUACAUGGUAGGGGGACAAUGCUGUUCAUUUCUGGGCUUUAGUAAAGUCAUUAAAGACCAUUACUUUCCUGUUUUGCAAAUCUGAGUAGAUAAGGCACAUUAAAGAAGAAAUCCACCAACUUUUUAAACUGGACGUUGUACGUAAAAUGAAGUGGUUUCUUUGUUUUGAUUUAGCAAAAGGAGAUAGGCAGUAAAGGGAUUCUUGAUUGAAGCUGCCUGUUGCCAUUGUGCAGUUAACCCGUUUAUGUACUGCAUACGAACCUCAUUCAUUUAGUGGGAGUUUGUGCAACUAUCGUGCUAGAAUAGUACUGUUUUGGCUUUCACAUCAUGAAUGGAAAACAUCUGGAACUUCAUCUUCUGGCAACUCACAAAGUCGAAAAGCUGUGAAAUACUCCACUGAAUGUAUAUUACAAGUUUAUUGCUACUACUGUAUACAAAAACAAUAAAGCAAGUAAAUAUUUCA